AUGGCUGUUGACAAGAUCGCACCCAACGACCCCCGCAUCGAGCGCAAGCAAGCUCAUGUGAGGGGCAAGACCUACUCUUACCUCUACGGCAAGCCUGAGGGUACCCCCAAGGGCACCGUCGUCCUCGUUCACGGCUGGCCCGACAUUUCGCUUGGAUGGCGGUACCAGAUUCCCCUUUUCCUCUCCCUCGGCUACCAGGUCGUCGUCCCGGAUUGCCUGGGCUACGGCCAGACCUCAUCCCCGCAGGAGCUGGGAGAAUUCACCCUCAAGAGCAUGUCGGAUGAUAUCAAGGAGCUGAGCGAGCACGUCGCCCCCGGCGAGCAGAUCAUCCUCGGCGGCCACGACUGGGGUGGUGCUCUCGUCUGGCGCGUCGCCCUCUGGCACCCUUCCCUCCUGAAGGGCGUCUUCAGCGUCUGCACCCCCUACAACUCGCCCACGACCCACUGGUUCGACCUCGCCGAUCUCAUUGCCGCGGGCAAGUUUCAAAACUUCAAGUACCAGCUCCAGCUGCGCGGCCCCGAGGUCGAGAGCCGCCUCACGAAGGCCGAGGACAUCCGCCAGUUCCUGCAGGGCAUCUACGGAGGCCGCGGCUCCGAGGGCGAGCUUGCCUUCACGACGGACCGCGGUGUCGUCUUCGAGAACCUUGGCAAGAUCGGUCCUUCGCCUCUGCUCAACGACGCCGAGAUCGAGUACUACACCGAGAACUUCGCCAAGAGCGGCCUCUGCGGACCCCUGAACUGGUACCGCACGCGCAAGCUCAACUACGAGGAGGAGCUGCCCUUGGCUGAGGAGGCGCAGAAGGAAGGCAAGCCGAUCAAGGUCACACCACCGAGUCUGUUCGUGCUUGCUAGCAAGGACGCGGCUUUGCCCCCGGCCAUGGCAGCAGGUAUGGAUCAGCACUUCGAGGACCUUACGCGGGGAGAGGUCAAGGCGUCGCACUGGGCUCUGUGGGAGGCUCCCGAGGAGGUCAACAAGCAGAUUAAGGAGUGGUUGGAUAGCAAGGUCAACAAGCCGUCAGCGAACCUGGCAGUGAUUAAUUGGUAG